AUGGUGCACGUCAACUUCUACCGCAACUAUGGUAAGACAUUCAAGAAACCAAGGCGUCCUUAUGAGAAGGAGCGUCUUGAUGCAGAACUAAAGCUGGUCGGUGAAUAUGGACUGAGGUGCAAGCGUGAGCUCUGGAGGGUUCAGUAUGCACUGAGCAGGAUUCGUAAUGCUGCAAGACACUUGCUCACACUGGAUGAGAAAAAUCCCCGCCGUAUCUUUGAGGGCGCGGCCCUUCUCCGUCGCAUGAACCGCUAUGGUCUCCUUGCUGAGGGCCAGGAUAAGCUUGAUUACGUCCUUGCCCUGACUGCUGAGAACUUCCUUGCAAGGCGCCUUCAGACUCUUGUCUUCAAGGCUGGCAUGGCAAAAUCCAUCCACCAUGCCCGUGUCUUGAUCAGGCAACGCCACAUCAGGGUUGGCAGGCAGAUCGUCAAUGUCCCCUCGUUCAUGGUGAGGGUUGAAUCUGAGAAGCACAUCGACUUCUCACUGACAAGUCCAUUCGGUGGAGGCCCUGCAGGCAGGGUGAAGAGAAAGAACCAGAAGAAGGCAAGUGGUGGCGGUGACGCCGGUGGUGACGAGGAAGAGGAAUGA